GGUGCUACAUCUGGAGGCCCCAGUGAGAUCUUUCUCCAUCCAUCACCAGACAAAAGCCAUCUCAGAGCCCCGGCCGGGUGGUUGCCCCCACCCCGGGGAUCCCUAGGGGAGGCACCCACUGAGACGUUCCAGGGCACCAGGGUUCAGGCCCCAUGGUGACUGUGUAACUGCGCUGCCGACAUUCACUCAAAAUUCUUCAGGGUCCUGGGAACCUCCAGAGGAUGUUCAUGAAAAACCAGGAUGUAGAUGACGGGCUUCUCUAUGACACUGUAUUCAAGCACUUCAAAAGACAUAAGCUGGAGAUUUCAAAUGCAAUAAAAAAGACAUUUCCAUUCCUUGAGGGCCUCCGUGACCGUGAAUUCAUCACAGAUAAAAUGUUUGAAGAUUCUCAAGAUUCUUGUAGAAACCUGGUCCCUGUACAGAAAGUGGUGUACAAUGUUCUCAGUGAACUGGAGAAGACAUUUAACCUGUCAGUUCUGGAAGCGCUGUUCAGCGAUGUCAACUUGCAGGAAUACCCUGAUUUGAUUCACAUUUAUAAAAGCUUCAAAAAUGCAAUCCAAGGCAUAUUAUGUUUCCAAGGAAGUGAUGGAAAAGAAAAGAAAGAGAGGCCUGACAUCCAACUAAGCCUUAAACGAGGAGCAGAGAGACCAGCAUGUGAAAAUGAGAAGGGUUCCUGUGUCAUGUGUUUCUCAGAAGAAGUCCCAGAAGGCCCAGAAGCAAGGACGGAAAGUGUCCAAGCAUGUGGCCAAAUGGAUACUGUGGAUAUUGGAAAAAAAUCUGCUUUGGGAAAACCCAAGAGGAAAAGAAGAAAAAAGAAGGGGCAUUCCUGGACCAGAAUAAAAAGGACAACGCAGAAAAAAAUCCAACAGGAUGAUAACGGCAAAGCCGAUGGCCAGCUGGUCUCCAGUGAAAAGAAGGCGAAGGCGAAUCUGCAAGGCCCUCCCAAGAUUAGGGGAAGAAAGAGAGGCAAACCUAGAGCCUGCUUCACUCAGAGUGACAGAGAUCCACAGAAAAGAGUCCAAUCAAGAGCUUCAGGAAGGCACGAAGAUAAAACUGUGGAUUUUAAGGCUCCUUUACUUCUGGUGACCUGUGGUGAGGUGAAGGGGAUAUUAUACAAGGAGAAAUUGAAACAAGGAAUCUUGGUGAAGUGUCUACAGACUGAGGAUGGAAAUUGGUUCACCCCCAGGGAAUUUGAAAUCAAAGGAGGCCACGCAAGAUCAAAGAACUGGAGGCUGAGUGUGCGCUGUGGCGGGUGGCCCCUACAACGGCUGAUGAAGGAAGGAUUUCUACCUAAUCCUCCAAGAAUUUAUUACAAGAACAAAAAGCAGAGAAUACUGAAGUCUCACAAUAAUACCUCAGUUGACCCUUGUAACAAAGCACCAAGGGGGACCUGGCAAUAUGGCCAAAUACAAACAGCUCCGAUCUGUAGCUCCCAGCAAGAUCAACACAGAAGGCGAGUGAGUUCUGCAUUUCCAACUGAGAUGAGAAACUUGGAUGAGUGUGAGCUUUGCCGGGACGGAGGGGAGCUGUUCUGUUGUGACACUUGUUCAAGAGUCUUCCAUGAGGACUGCCACAUCCCACCUGUGGAAACUGAGAAGACCCCGUGGAGUUGCAUCUUCUGCAGGAUGAAGGAGUCUUCAGGAAGCCAGCAGUGCUGUCAGGAAUCUGAGGUCCUGGAGAGGCAGAUGUGUCCUGAGGAACAGUUGAAAUGUGAAUUCCUCCUCUUGAAAGUCUAUUGCUGUUCUGAGAGCUCCUUUUUUGCCAAGAUUCCAUAUUAUUAUUAUAUUAGAGAGGCAUGUCAAGGCCUGAAGGAGCCCAUGUGGUUGGAUAAAAUCAAGAAGAGGCUGAAUGAGCACAGUUAUUCCCGAGUGGAGGGGUUUGUACGUGACAUGCGCCUCAUCUUCCAGAAUCACAGGGCAUCUUACAAGUACAAGGAUUUUGGCCAAAUGGGACUUCGACUGGAGGCUGAAUUUGAGAAGAAUUUGAAGGAAGUGUUUUCUAUUCAGGAAACAAAUGGGAACCGUUGACUAGUUUAGUGGAUGCUGAAGGCCUUCAGGAAAUGGUACCCCAAAAUAUGCCACUAGUUUGCCACUUACUUCAAACUGAGAGCACUCGGACACAGCACAUGCAGGGAGGGGCUUUUCUCUGAGCCUCCCUCAUCUGCCCAAAGACGAAUCAUCCAAAAGAAAUUCAAUCAUCAUGAAUCCCAUCGCCAACAAUCUCAUCAGCCAGGGAAGGGUAACUGGGAUCACAGGGGAGGAGGUGGGAGGUGACACCAGCGCAGACAGACUGUCACCUCUUCUCCUGAGGGCUGCUCCAGACAUUUAUUACUCACGAGACCUUUUAUCUGAAAAACCAGCCAAGCUUUAUUCAGAACACACUUCUUUCCUUCCCCCGCCCACUUGUCUGGCCACCUCCCUGCAGAAGCCCCAGGCCCCCAUUCUUUUCGAUAGCUGAAGACGGUGUAUGCAUGUCAAUCAUCUGACCCUUCUUGGAGUCUUGUAUUUCAUGGGACUCCUGUGCAAACAUAUAUGAUUAAAAUUUUUAUCCUCCUCUUAAUCUACUUAUGGCAAUUUAAUUCAUUCAUAGCUCAGCCAACAAACCUAGCAAAGUAGAGGGAAGCCAUUUAUCACUCCCCUGCAAAACUGUUGGUAUCCUGGUGCCAUCUCCUCUUCUGGCCAGGUCUUUUUAUCCACAACUGCUGAGUGGUGGCUGAGUGGUCUCCAGAGUAUUACCCUGGGUCUAAUGGAACCAGCUUCACCUGAAGGUGACACCCCGUGGCCUGAGGCUGACCCCCUUGCCUCAAAACAGUACCAACGAUGUGGUGUGAGGCUACUCUGUGCUCCCAGAAAUCAGGCUGGAGCUAGUCUCCAGCUGUGGCCACAUCCGGGCUUAGAUUUUGGCCACAAAAUGCUGCUUCCCCUUCUCCCUUCUGAGUGAACGCUCACCAUAAAUCUCCUGGUAAAGGGACUUCAUCCCAGAAUCUGCUUCUAGGGGUAAGAUAAUAGCCUAGGAAGCAAGCUCUGAGGACAGGUCUCUGGAGUUGGAUCACUGUCUAGCCCAAUGGUGCUGGGUGGAAUAUGGACAGUCCCAGGGGUGCUAUCACUGAGCAGUUGCCAACACUUUUACCUGUAGUUAACUGGAUGAGCUAUAGGUGAAGAGGUAAGACAGCUAGUACAAUUGGCAUUUAAGAAUUAAGGAAAAGUAACUAUAAUAAGUAUGGGUUUUGGUGGCUAUUGCUAAGUUCCAUUAAUGUCUUGAAAAGAGUAAAUGACAGGCUUACAUCUAUUCAUCACCACCAUAAAGAGAAGAGACCCUCAUGCCUGCACCUGGGAGACAGACAGGAAGGAAGGUCUGAUACAGGCCCUGAUUUUAUGAAUCACAGAACUUUAUAGAAUACUGAAUCUGGGGCUCAGGAACUGAAUUCUAAGCUCAGGGUGGUCUCUUAUGCCAAAGUCAAGGCCUUAAAACUCAGUAUUGGGCUAUCUAGGUAGAUGUACUUGAGAAGUUUGAACUCCAGAUGCCCCCUGAACCUACUGGGUUUGUAGACAAGUCUUUCUGCCCCUUGUUGGAAGAGAGAGCUACCACCCCCACCCAACUCCCGAUUUUUCUAGAAUGAAGACUAUGUUGAUACCACUCAGGACAAUGCAAGUGGACGGUCCUGGGCCAGGCUGCAAAGUGAAGAACACGUGUAUCCUCCGAAGCAGCUGUAGGACUGGCCAGUGUGCAUCAGCAGGAGUGAGGAGAUUGUGUUUGGGAGUGGAUCCUGGUCCAGGAAGGGAAAAUAUGAAACGAGAUAAGUGAGAAUUAUUGAUAAAGGGGCAUGCUUCUCUACCACAGAGAUUAGCAAGGGCCAAAGGUGAUGAUUCUGAUAUGCUCCGGGAUGGCACCUAGAGACUUAGUAUAAGCCAUGGUACACAGUAAAUCAACUGGAAGCAGAGAUACCAGAACUAC